AUAAGCCCGACCAAAAAGAAAGUUGAGAGAUGUACCCUUAUAUUUACCGGGCUCACUAUGAUAAUUAUAUGAAAUCUACUCUAUAUAUUUAGGCUUGUAUCCCCAAAAUCAUAUCCAUCCGUGAUUCACGUGGGCCUCACCGGUGAAAAUAGUCUAAAGGGCGAGCAUUGCCUUGUAAAGUAUUUCCAAUCAUGCGGUCCACUUAAAUCAUGGAUGAAGCUGAUUUUUAGGCUCUUGACCUAAUAUGGGGUGACACAAUUGGUGGUCAGUAGAUUUUACUUAAACAUUACAGUGGUCCAGUCAAGCCACCCACCCCAUUUGAAAUAAUGAGGUAGCUUUUUGAAAAUUUCCUUGAAAAAAGUGUUUUUCAAAAGGUAGGGGAAUGUAAAAUCCUUAUUAGUGGUGUAGUUUCAUGUACUUAUUUUAUUUUCUGCGAGAUUUUGCCAAUAAAUGUCACGAUAAAGAUUUGUUUCUAUUGCCUGCAUCACUGAAACAUGGGUCCCACGUGUCUCAAAUUGCUUAGGGCGAGGAAUGGAUGAGGGUAUCCACACCGUUGGUCUAAUGGGCCAUUCGGUGACGUGUCAGUGUAACUCUCCAACCUCUCCUACAUUGGAAAGCUAGUCACCAUCUGACAGUUGUUCUUUUCUUGUCAAACAUGGACUAUUGCUAUAUUUCUUCUUAACCGUUUAUAUGGAUGCCACCCAUAGAAGGGUUAGGACCGUUCAACCAAGACAAAUCUUAGAAAAGUCCACUAAUGAAAGUGGGGCCCAUCACACCAACAGUCCAGAUUGCUGAUCCAUGAGCUCCAACUGUCCAAACUCAAGGCUCGAGUAUAUUUCCUGUCCUCGGUCGAGGUCCAUGUAAUUCCUCAACUCGAUUCCACAACGUACAUUCCAACCGUCGCUCCUCCAACCUCUUUUUGAAAUUUGACCGUUUCUUCCCGCGCUUUUAGCAAAGGACUCGUCAAAACUGCUCCACCCAAGCUUUUGUUGGAAAUUCGAAUUUUUAGCCGUUUCUUCGCUCCACCCUUCAUUUUCUCACCUAAAAUUAAAAAAAUCCCACCUCAUUGUUAUGCAUCGGCAUCAAUUGGGCCGUUGCGUUCGGAGGAGCAUCGAUCAAAAGCUCGGUUUGAAUGGAUUUGCAAUCUAAUUCAUCCUCCUUCUAUCCACCUCUGUCCGUUGAUAUAACAUUAUUUAAGAAAUUAGGGUUUUUCUAGGGUAUUUUUUUUAAAAAUAUAUUUUUAUAUUCUUAAGGAAAGAUUUCAGAGAUGAUAUUAUGUCUGCCCAGUGGAAUCACAUGGAGCCGAUCGGAAAGCAUAACGUAGAUUCGGACGAUAAAGGGUCCGGAUCUGUACACGGCGGUGGAAAAUCUGAUUCGCAAGAUUUUCGACUCCAUCGACGAAAGAAUUCAGUGGAGCUCUUUCCACCUCAGAUGACAACAAAGAUGAAGGGCCUUUUCAAAGGAUUGAGAUAUAUUUCGCAAAUCUUCGACCCGAAUUGUAAAGAGCAUGAGAUGCAGAUCGGUCAUCCAACGGACGUAAAGCAUGUGGCCCACAUAGGAUGGGAUGGGCCUUCUGUAAAUCCACCAACCUGGAUGAAUGAGUAUAGGUCAGGGCCGGAAACUUCAUCAGCGCCUCCAAGUAGUGCUGUAGAAGGCAAAGACUCUCCAGCCAAUUGGGCUCCGGAAGAAAUUACAGACAUUGGAAUGGAAGCCUCUCCAACCCCAGAGUUGCCAGAUUUACCCAAGCCGUCAAGACGCAACCAAUCAUCCGGCAGUUCUUCUCGUUCUCAAAGCCGAGAUUCAUCCGAUGCGCCUAGACAACCAAGGCGACACCAAAAUUCAAGCAAUUCUAUCGAUUCGAUGGCGACUGACCUGCCCGCGGUCCCGAAAAGCUCUCGUCGGAAGAAAUCUAAGGGGUCAUCAAGCGGCGGGUCGACAAGAUCAGGCAGAUCAAAGGCUCAAGGCACUUCUUACUCAGAUCAAGAUGCAAAGAAUACCGAGCAAUUGCCCGCUAUAAAAUCCACAGAAGAAGAAAAAGAAAAUGAUACAUAAUGAUAUUGCUUGGGAAUGUCAUGGCUUGUAUAAAAGAAAGAAAAAAAAGAGAAAAAUGAAAAUCCAAUGUAAUUUUGAGCAUUAUAUUGCUAACAUGCCUCAUUAGUUGAUGAAAAA